UCAAAGAACAAAAAGUCUCCCGCCAAGUUUAACAGCCGCUCGGACUCAAGUCUGUAGAAAAGGGAGGAAGUCUGUCCAGUGCAGUGAACGGGUCAACGGGCAAAAACAAAGGAGGCCAGGAAGAGAUCUGACCCCCGCUAACACAGAAUAUUUUCAUGAAAGAGGAGGUGAAAACAGCCUCUGAGCAGUUCAGCAGUGAUCUUCCUCUUUCCUCUUCUUCUUCUGCUGUCGCUGUAUUAGAAAGUGGACGUUGGUGGUGAGACUGUGACCUCUUUGUUAUUGAGGCUGAAUGAGACCAUCUUUGUCUGCAGGCGUCUGCUAACUGUUGUGAAGCAUCAGAGUCUGCAGCUGCCUGGAGCCUGACAUCGCCUGCUCAGAGAUUUCUCCACAGGCUCAGACCAGUUCCCUGCUUUUAAAGUGAAGACAUCGUCGAUCAGACAGACCUUUAAACAGCAGCAACACCAACAGCGUACUACAGCCAAAACGCAGCCUCAGUGAGGCGGUGGCCAAGUGAUUGUUGGAGGGGAGGAGGAGGAGGAGGACAUUUGGCCAGACAGGGAGUCUUUGUGGUCCCACUGACAAAGAGCUGCUCUCAGUCGAACUGCCGUCCGUCUGCCUCGGGGGGGUCACGGUGAAACGAGAUCGGACACCAGACGCAGCCGGACGCUCUGCUGCUCCGACCUGACGCCUUCUCCUGUCUGGUUUGGGUUCAGGUGAACUGUUGAGACAUGAAGCGCUGCCUCGGACUGUUCCUGCUCGUUUGUUGUGGGAUGCUUCAUCUGGGAUCUGGACUUCGCUGCUACAAGUGUUCUGAUUACACCGGACGCUGUCAGAACGUCCAGGAGUGCACGUACGAAGACUCCUGUAUAUCUCUGAGUGAGAGAGGUGGGAAGACCAUCCGUCAGUGUAUCAGAUACACAGACUGCGAUAACUCUCGUCUCACCCAGAUGUUCCCGGCGAUCUCCGGCUUCACCUACCGCUGCUGCAGCAGCAACCUGUGCAACUCCGGCAACGCCGUUACCACGGCAACGCCGGCCCUGGCCCUGGCGGGGUCGCUGCUGAGCGUCUGGUGGAGUUGGAUCUGACGGAUACAUGUGGAUGAAUAACUGCAGUAGUUUAGUGUUUGAGGAUCAUUACUGAUGCCUCGUAAAAGUUAACAUGAACUAAACUGAGUGUUUGGUUGUAGUCAGGUCUGAGAGACACAGUAAAUAAGAAAAUGAUUUUUUUCACCUUGUUUUGCUAAUUUUAUACUUUAUAUCAGUUUAACAGUAAAUACAAACAUGAAAAAUCAAA